UGGAAACCCCGUACUGACUGCGAAGGGACCCAAGAUGGCUGAAUACUCACGGGGGGACCAGUUAGCAAUUAUCUGAGCAAGACGUCGCAAAUGAAUGGCAAAUAGACGUAUGAUGUAAAGUGUUACCUUCAGAUAAUUACGCGACUACGUUUAAUAAGUCUGCAUAAUUUUGGGGAUGCAUGAAUACCAGUAUGGAGAGAGUGGUCUCUCCGCGGCCCCGAGCCAGAACAUGGCGGAACACUUGGGGCAGAAAUAGCGGCUAACGCUAACUAGCUGGCGUAUUAUUCCGACACCAUUGAAAACAUUUGUCAGGGGUUAACACGGUGUUUGUGGGUCGCGGGUGUUAAAUGGUGUUAUCGGUGCUAAACUAUAGUCAUCUUGCUUCAGAUAGUUCUGAAUGUUGAUUAUGUGGGGCUGAAGUAGUUAGCGUACUUGCCAACUAGUUUACUCGAUAGGUCUGCUCGCUAGCGUAUCUAGCUAACAUUGCCCUCAAGCGUACAGACUGUACUAAUAGAUAGGUAGGGUGUUUUUGUAGUCAGAGGUCGUAAUAUCUUUGCGUAUUCUUCAACCGCUUCAUUCAGUUUUCUUUUGGUAGUCGAUAGUGAGUGUCAGUCAUUUGUACGGACAAUUAACACCUUAGCAAACAUUGCCCUCUGCACUGUAAAUUGACUGCUAGCUUGCUACAAUGGUCUGAAACCUGAUUUUGUGUGUUGCGUUGCCUGUAACGCUGAAGCGUAACUUGUGAGACAGCUCGUCAAAAAUAAUCAUAUACCGUAGCUGAGCCGAUCGUAGACUUUUCCUCUAUUCACAUCCAGGUGUAUCACUUGCAAGGUGCCUCAUAUAAGUGUCAGCCUGGCUGAUCCUGACUUAUGUAAAGUCAUUACCGUAUUACAGAAGUGAACAGGUGUAAAAAAGAGAACUGAAGUUGUGGGGUCACCAAGUGAGGCAGACAUCCAUUAAUAGCAGAGAAGGUGCCACUACCUGUCAGGAUGACGGAUACUCGCCGACGGGUCAAAGUCUAUACACUCAAUGAGGAAAGACAAUGGGAUGAUCGUGGGACCGGGCACGUCUCCUCGGCUUAUGUGGAGCGACUGAAAGGCACAUCUCUACUAGUGCGAGCAGAGAGCGAUGACCACCCCUGUAAUCCGAUAGGUUCCUUACUGCUGGAAUCAAAAAUCAACCCAAACACUGCAUAUCAGAAACAACAGGAUACAUUGAUAGUAUGGUCAGAGGCAGAAAAUUAUGAUUUGGCACUCAGUUUCCAAGAGAAGGCUGGCUGUGAUGAAAUCUGGGAGAAAAUAUGCCAGGUGCAGGGGAAAGACCCAUCAGUGGACAUCACACAGGAUGUAGUGGAUGAGUCUGAGGAGGAGCGCUUUGAUGACAUGUCGUCACCGGGUCUGGAGUUGCCGCCAUGUGAACUGAACCGCUUAGAGGACCUGGCUGAGCUGGUGGCAUCCUCACUCCCAUCUCCACUGCGACGUGAGAAACUGGCACUCGCAGUGGAGAACGAGGGCUACAUUCGCAAGCUCCUGGAACUAUUCCGUGUCUGUGAGGAUUUAGAGAACCGAGAGGGACUGCACCACCUGUAUGAAAUCAUUAAAGGCAUCUUCCUGCUAAAUCGCACUGCACUCUUUGAGGUUAUGUUCUCUGAUGAGUGCAUCAUGGACGUCAUUGGUUGUCUGGAGUUUGACCCAGCACUCCCACAGCCACGGCGACAUCGGGAGUUUCUCACAAAGACGGCCCGCUUUAAGGAGGUGAUCCCCAUCUCUGAUCCUGAACUGCGUCAGAAAAUACACCAGACAUAUCGGGUGCAGUAUAUUCAGGACAUGGUGCUGCCCACUCCCUCUGUUUUCGAGGAAAACAUGCUGUCCACCCUGCACUCCUUCAUCUUCUUCAACAAGGUGGAGAUUGUGGGCAUGCUACAGGACGAUGAGAAGUUCCUAACAGACCUCUUUGCACAGCUAACAGAUGAGGCUACUGAUGAUGACAAAAGACACGAGCUGGUGAAUUUCCUAAAGGAAUUCUGUGCAUUUUCACAAACGUUACAACCUCAAAACAGAGACGCCUUCUUCAAGACAUUGUCAAACAUGGGCAUUUUACCUGCACUAGAGGUCAUACUGGGAAUGGAUGACGUUCAGGUGCGUGGGGCAGCCACAGAUAUAUUCUCGUAUCUGGUGGAGUACAACCCUUCCAUGGUACGAGAGUUUGUCAUGCAGGAGUCUCAGCAAAAUGAUGAUGACAUCCUCCUGAUCAACCUGAUCAUCGAACACAUGAUCUGCGAUACAGACCCAGAACUAGGUGGGGCGGUGCAGCUGAUGGGCCUGCUACGGACUCUGGUGGACCCAGAGAACAUGCUGGCCACAGCAAAUAAAACUGAAAAGACAGAGUUUCUGAGCUUUUUCUAUAAGCACUGUAUGCACGUCCUCUCAGCUCCACUAUUGGCCAACACCACAGAGGAAAAGCCAAGCAAAGAUGAUUUUCAAACAUCCCAGUUGCUGGCCCUGAUCUUGGAGCUGCUGACAUUUUGCGUUGAGCACCACACAUAUCACAUCAAGAACUACAUCAUCAACAAGGACAUUCUCAGGAGGGUACUGGUGCUCACAGCCUCUCAGCACGCAUUCCUGGCCCUGUGUGCUCUGCGUUUCAUGCGAAGGAUCAUUGGUCUGAAAGAUGAAUUCUACAAUCGCUACAUUAUGAGAAACUUUCUUUUUGAGCCCGUAAUCAAGGCUUUCCUCAACAACGGAUCACGCUACAAUCUCAUGAACUCGGCCAUCAUUGAGAUGUUUGAGUAUGUCCGUGUGGAGGAUGUGAAGUCUCUCACAGCUCAUAUAGUUGAAAACUACUGGAAGGCCCUGGAAGAUGUGGAUUAUGUCCAGACAUUUAAAGGCCUAAAACUACGGUAUGAACAGCAGAGGGAGAGACAAGACAACCCUAAACUGGAUAGCAUGCGCUCCAUCCUGAGGAACCAUCGCUUCCGCCGUGACGCCCGAACUCUGGAGGAUGAGGAGGAGAUGUGGUUCAACACGGAUGAGGAUGACCUCGAGGACGGUGAGGCAGUGGUUCCUCCCUCUGACAAGAUGAAGACCGAGGAAGACCUCAUGGAACCUAUUAGCAAAUUCAUGGAGAGAAAAAAAUUGAAAGACACAGACGACAAAGAGGUAUUAGGGAAGUCCAGUUUGUCAGGCAGACAGAACCCCAGCUUCAAACUCUCCUUUUCCGGCUCCACAAAAACCAGCCUGUCCAGCCCUCCGUCAUCUGCCUCGUUGAACCCAGGUUCUCCAGGGUCACCAGGGUCUCCAGGCUCGGGGGCACGGAGCUCACCCUCCACCACGACUGUAACCACAAAGGGCGGUUUAGUGGGACUGGUGGACUAUCCCGACGACGACGAUGAGGAGGAAGAGGAGGAGGAGGACGGGGAGAGUAAAGAGGAACCUUUACCACCCUCCAAGAAGUCCAAACUGAGCUCCUAAAAGAAGCAUCACUGUCUCAGCUUGUGCUCUGCCUACGAUACGAGAGUAUCCGUGCAUAGACUUCACACAAGAACGAUCAAAACUUGUAAACAAAUUGAAUGAAUGAAAGCCACCCACUCGCCAUCAGCGGGUGGCCCAAAGAGGUGUAGACUGUGAAUGGAUUCAAAGCCUCCUCUGAAAAGCCCACAACUCGUUCAUACAAGUGCCAAUCAGGAGACCAGAAGUGAAAAACGUCUGGAAAAUGGAACAGAUGUGUAAAUGUUUGGGGGGGAGGGGAUUGCACUUGGAAGAUCUUCAGCAGACCUGGAUAGUAUGAGACAGGUUGGAGUUGGAUGAUUUAGCAACUUGGAGGAAAAG